AGGAGGAGGAGGAGGAGGCGAAGGGGGCAGGAGUUUGGUUGAGCUGCGGCUGUUUGUCUGUUCCACACAGGCUUGGGCCCGACGGGGGAGACGGAGCCCCAGGACUGUUGAGGCCUGGAAGUCCCUCCCCUUCCCCUUCCCCCUUUGCCGCUUUGUGGCAUUCCCCUCCCUCUACCUUCUCCUACUUUGAUAACCUGGCUAUGACUAGCAGAAGUACAGCCAGGCCCAAUGGGCAACCACAGGCCAGCAAAAUAUGCCAGUUCAAAUUGGUCCUGCUGGGAGAGUCUGCGGUGGGGAAGUCUAGCCUGGUGUUACGUUUUGUCAAAGGACAGUUCCAUGAAUACCAGGAAAGCACCAUUGGAGCGGCCUUCCUCACCCAAUCCGUGUGUCUAGAUGACACAACAGUCAAGUUUGAGAUCUGGGACACUGCUGGGCAGGAGCGAUACCACAGUUUAGCCCCUAUGUACUACAGGGGUGCCCAGGCUGCAAUCGUGGUCUAUGAUAUUACUAAUCAGGAAACGUUUGCUCGGGCAAAGACAUGGGUAAAGGAACUACAGCGGCAAGCCAGCCCUAGCAUUGUUAUUGCCUUGGCAGGGAACAAAGCUGACCUUGCCAACAAGCGCAUGGUGGAGUAUGAAGAGGCUCAGGCAUAUGCAGAUGACAACAGUUUAUUAUUUAUGGAGACUUCAGCUAAGACUGCUAUGAACGUGAAUGAUCUCUUCCUGGCAAUAGCAAAGAAGUUGCCAAAGAGUGAACCCCAGAAUCUGGGGGGUGCGGCAGGCCGAAGUCGGGGUGUGGAUCUUCAUGAGCAGUCCCAGCAGAACAAGAGCCAGUGUUGUAGCAACUGAGGGGUGGCUUGAAGCAAAUAUGUAUGGAGUUAGCACGAGAGCUAAGAAAUAACCUCCAUCCCCACCCCUCAGCACACAGCCCCUACGGUAACAGCACACUGAGCCCUGGCUCCCAAGGGCUGCCUCCUGACAGCUCCGUCAUGGCACUUUUUAAUGCUUCAGCAACCAACACCAGGCAGCUGUUGCCACUACUAUGCCCUACCUGGGGCUUGGGGUCACAUCUCCCCAGGACCUUCCUUCCAAAACAAACUUCUUCACUUCGUGUUCUAGGUGCAAGACAGUGACCUCCUCAUUGUCCCCCACCCCCGUGUUUUUCCAGUGUUUCAGAGAAGACUUCUGUCUCCUGCCUCCCAUCCCACCUCUCAUCAUUACUCCCUCUUCUCGAUCCUGU